UGAAAAUAACGCGGGGAAGAGUGAGGGUUGAAUCCGUUGAGACAGAACGUCUCAAAAACUGUGAGAAGACAGAAAACGGUGUUACAGCAGCCUUAGGUUUGAUUUUGGACUAGGUUUUGUCCGUUAAAAGUGCUCGUUUGUAUGAUUUAAAACAUAUUAGGUUUAAAACUCGUUUCUUAACCGUUUUAAAAGCUCUGUUGUUCAGCUAGCAUCAGCUGACUGUCUCGACUCAGGGUCCAAAUGGAUCACACAGAGGACUUGUCCGCCCGGGUUCUGCUCAAACAUAUUCUUACGACUGAGCCACCGAGGACUCCUGUUACUCGCAGGUACUGAAAUAGCACUCUAGAUUUCAUACAUUUUCAUGUUGUUGAGGUUUUGAAUCAGCGUCAGUCAUCUUGUGCGUAGUGUUUACGUAAAUGACACCCGUGUUACUUUUCUUUUCAGCGCCUCCGCAGCUUUAGGGAGCAUCAGUCCGACCAGGCGCAGCAGUAGAUUGAGAAAUAAAGAAGCUGGAGCUAAAACCCCGCAGGAUAUCCUUAGACGCAGCCUAAAGCACAAAAUCCAUGAUGUGAGGAAGAUGAGCAAAGUGCAUACUGGGGAUAAACAUGCUGAAUCUCUGAAAGAUAAUACCUCUAUCCUCUUUCCAGAGCGUUACCCGGAAAUCUCUGCCAGCACCCAAAAGGAGGACCACCUCUGCCAUACUCAAGAGGACGCCUGCUCCAGCCUCCAUGCUAUUUGAUGAUGGAGACACACCAAGACACAUUCUUAUGAACAUCCUCCGGACAGGUAAACGCACCAGACUGCUUAAGUAUGCACAUCAUGCUGCUUCUAUUUGCUGAGGCUUCAGUGUCUUUUGUAAAACAACCAGAGCCCGUGAGGUCCCCUGUGAUUCAUGAGAAAACUCCCUCAGAAGAGCCACAGCCUUUUUCAGCCAACUCAAGCAUUUCCAACAGGCGCCCGAGGUGAGCAGAAGUCUCAUGAUGCAAAAGGGAUGCACUGGCAACAAUGUGAUAAAUGUAAUCGCUCGCCAGUGACAACAUAUACCUUUUAUCUAUUUGAGGUCUACAGAAAUGAUGACCAUUUGUAUGCAACUGGUUAAACACUGUUAUGAUUGUUGACAAAUCUUUUUUUUUUUUUGCCUGACAUUCAGCACUGAGCUUUCAGGCUUAGACUUACCGGAUUUAACGAUCAGGGGUGCUGUAAGUACUGCAAAAGGAUUGAGCAGAAAGAGACCACGUCGGAGCCUGAACGUAACGGCUUUUGAAAAGCGUCUCAGAGAUAAUGAUGAUGGUGAGUUUAAAUUUACAAUUAUAGAUGCAUAUACAUCAGAUUUCAAGUAUUAUUUUUUGUACACUGGCUCACAGGAUAAUGGCAUAAUGGUGUAGAAAUGUGAGCUGCAUCAGUGACCAGUUGCCUUGUUUGUUUUAUUGAGGAGCUGAUAAAUGCCUGUGUUUACAGAUAAUGAAGGGCAAAUUGAAGAAACAUUGGGCAACAGUACAUCACAUUCAUUAAGGUAGGGUACAGUCAAGCAACAGCAUUUCUUUGAUUUUAAGUUUGUCGUUCAAGCUUUUUUAUUGUAUUACCUUUGGGCCACUGUUUAUGAUGACACUAUCAAUAUCUAUAAUCUAUGGCCCGUCUAAUCUGUCAUGCAGUUCCACUUCACUGAGCCUAAAAACCCCUUUUAUGGAUGCUCACACUGAGAGGAGGGGUCUGCAGAGGAGAGUUUCUCACCGUCGUAAAAUUACAGAGGAAGAAUUUGGUGCUGCUGUGAAUAAAAGGCACCUUGGAGGUAAAUUACAAUCAAUUAAAGAUGUGUUUUUGUCUUUUUACCUCAUCUACUGUGCAAAUAAAUGUGUGCCAGAACAAUCCAAUGAUUAAAUAUUUGGUAACAUCUUUUUGUAACUUUUUUUCUGAGAUUGGUAGAGAGCGUUAUUCAAUCUCAAUGACAGCACACCUCAAAUGAGAGUCAGAGUUAAUUGGUGAUAAUAAAAAAGACUGAUUUUAAAGGUUGAUUUUUUUUUAAUUCAAUAAUAAUUCAUAUUCUUGUAACUCAAACAAAGUGAUUAUUUUCAGCUUGUAGUAUAACACAGGGAACAAAUAAUGUUGAAGAGCCUUAUUACCUUAUUAAUGAAUGUUUUUCCCCUCCCUGUUUGUCACCAGAGGUAACCAGCUUUUUGCAGCCUAAGCAAGGUCUGAGUGAGACUGCACACUCUGAGGGAUUCACUUUGGGAUUGAGCAAACUCGGUGAACCCGAUUUAACCACCGAUAUCAUCCACUGUAGCACGGCACUGUAUGCUCAGCCUGAUGCAAUGACUUCCAACUUCUCUGUGCAUACAGGGACAGAGACUCAGCUGCAGGAACAGAUAUCUGAGAUAAAACAGAGCAAGCUUAGGGUGGAGAAAUCGUCAUGUGUGUUUCCAACUGAAGAGGAGGCAGAACCUCAGGAAGAACAGCGUUUUUCUGAGUCCCAGGAGGACUCGGACAGGGGUGAUAUAGCAGAGUCUGAUAAACAGGAGAAUCUGGUGGCAGCCCACACAGAAGAGAAAGAAGUGGUUGAUUAUGGUACUGAAGAAGAAAACCAGGGUGUUGGAGUGGAUUCUGAGCCAGAAGAGGAUGCUGCAAGUAGGUCUCAGUCUGAUGGAGAGGAGGUUAUACAAGACACUCCAGCUGAAAAAGGAGAUGGAGAGGAAGAUUCUCAAACUGAGGAAGAAAGAGAAGGUGUUGUUGAUUCUCAAAAUGAUGAGGAAGAAGAUGCUGCUGACUCUCAAACUGGAGGAGAAGAAGGGGCAGAUUCUCAAGAUGGAGAAGAAGAUGCUGUUGAGACUCAGUCUGAAGAAGAGGAAAUUCCACCAGACUCUCAUAGCCAAAGAGAAGAUGAAGCAGUUUAUUCUCAAACUGAAGAAGAUAAUGUCCCUGAUUCUCUGCCUGUAGAGGAAGAGGAGGAGGAUCUUGCAGAUGAUGCAAGUGAUCCAGGGGAUCCUGCAGAGGGUGGCUCGUUAGAAUCUAAACACGAGGAUGAGCACAACGAGGAGCAGGAGGAGGAAGAUGUUGAGCAGGCGCCAGUGCACCUUGAACACAUCAGUCGGAGAGCUCAUCUCUCUGAAGGUGGACUUGUGCAGAUCGCAGAAGCAGGUAAGAACAUAACAAAUUAUUCUAAUGUGAAUUUAGGACCAUAAAAAAAAUAUUUUUGAGAGCCUUCGAUUGGCAGUUGUUGGCCCUUAUGUAGAGAAGACAGGGAGAACAUACAGAUAGUUGUUGAACGACAACAGGUGGUAAUUUCUCCACAUAGAGAAUAUAUAAACAAAUCCUUAAUGAGAAGGUUAUUUCUUCCAGAGACGUGCAACUAAACACUUCUAAGAUCCAUGUUCUAACUGACCGUGGGAGAUCGGACUCCCAUUUCAAUGCAACUCAUCUUUACAAUGACCAGUAGGACUUCUGUUAACUUAAUGGAGUUUCUAUGUUUAAGGUCCCUUAUAAUCUACAUGGGGUCUAACGUAUGUCGGCCAAACUUAACAUAAUCUUAAAGUGAGAAUUGUGAAGCAUAAAACUGCUAUUAGAAAUGAUAGUAUGGACUAUGUCUUUGCUAGACACCACAAAGAAAAGAACUACAGGUCAGCUACUGCUCUCUAAUUUACUUGGUACUGAAAGAGUGAGACCUAAUACUAGAGGGUGCAAUUUGGUUAAACAGCUCUAAAGAGGGGAUGUCUCUAGAUUCAUAUGCUGAACACUGUUGAACCAUAUGGACUUGAUGAAGCACAGGAUCUGAACUGCUUUGGUAAAAGUAAGGUUUUUCUAGACUAAUAUAGGUUGAGGCUGGACACUAGGUUCCGCCACACCUGCCCCCUUCCCAUGUAGUCGUCACAGAGCUAUUGCCAAGGUAUUUCAGUGUAUCUAUGUUCAUGUUUGUGCCACAACUCUGUUGUUUGUUUGUCGACAGAAUUGUCAGAUGGCAAAUCCAAAGCCUCCACUAAAGCUGAUUUACAAUACAGCCUUGACACAGGGAGCCAGGAAUUUGGUGAGACUUCUGUCAGAUACCCUGAAUUGGCUGAGACUCCAUCCGAACAACAGAAAGAAGCUUCUGGUAAUGAGGACGAGCCUGAUGCCGACCAAGAAAACUCCUUUCAUCCCCCAGAGGUUCUGGAAAGCAAUGAGCAGCUGGGUGAAGAGUCACCUGAAAAAGCUGCUGCUCAGGAGGAAGAGGAGUGGGAGGAUGAAGAGGAUGAGGAAGACACUGAAGGUCUUGCAGUAGAUCUUUGUGUUCUUGAAAUCUUAAAUGGUAAGAAUAACACUUAAAUUAGGCUCUAUUUUGUUUGCUUGAAUCUUCAGACAUCCCAAGCAAGACUCCGGCUUUUGUUAAAGAGAAAAGGAACCUGUUUCAGCCUGAUCCUCUGGCCUCACCUGUUCUCAAGAACACUCAAGCCAGGCAAGUGUCUGUUCCUGCUACUCUGAUGUUUCUUGGAGCCUUUUUUGAUAGUUGAAAUACAUUUUAUUAGAAUGUAACUGGUGUGGACUGUUGCAUGAUUAAUCAGAGCUUUUGAGAAGUUCUGCUGAUAUGUUACUCCAUCAGCAGUGCCAGUGAUGGUGAAGGUUUGGCUGCACCUAAACCUAAGCAGGCAAGGAAGAGGGGGAAAAGGUCUGCCAGGAAGGAAGGGAGCCUUCCAAAGAGCUACCUGAUGGGCAUCUUUAAGCACUUUGCCAAAACUAAGGUCGCUGCCGAUGUGUACCCCAUCCUACAAGAAAUGUAAGUGAUAGUAGGUCACAAACUCUUUGGGCCAAGUGUGUUUCCUAUGCCAACUCUGUUGUCAAGCUCAGUGAUAUCUUUGAGAGACAUAGGUCUUCAAGACUGCGCUGUAAAAACACUUGCUUCAUUCUUAUUCACUCUCUUUAACAGAAUGGAUAAAUUCUUUGAGCGGAUGGCAGAGGACUUAGAGACAUACGCUCUUCAUGCAAAGAGGAAAACUAUUGAAGUCGAAGAUACUGAACUCCUGUUGAGACGGUUAGUAUACUUUUUGUUAAAGUAACUUUGUAUGUGGUUGAAUGUGUUCCUGAGAUUAAAAAAAGCAUUUAGUGUGAAUAAAUAGAAAGAUGAAAGCAAAGACAGAUAAAUAACAUACAGAGGCAUCUUAUCUAUGAGACCUCUGUAACAUAGUGUUUCAGGUCUACACUCAAGCCAACAAACAGGUGAAUAAAUCUGGAGUUUGGGCUGGCACAUCUAGAGUUGGACCUUUGGUCAGUGGCCCUGUCAUGAUGCGAGAAACCUAAGAAUUAAACACUUUUGAUUGCUCCUGUAGGGGAACUGUAGUGCCUUUCUUAUAUCUUUGUGGUUUUAAGUCACAAGUAUCUGAAUAAAGCAUUUAUGAUCACAGCUCUUGAAGAAAAAGUCAAGCAAGUCAACAAGGUGCCAGAGAUAUUAUUGUAGACAAUAAACACAGAGCUAAGGUAUCAGGCAUUGAUCACAUAAUUUCUUAUUGAAGGAAAACAAGAGCUGACAGAAGGUUUGCAUUAUUCUUCAGAUAUUAAAAAGAGAGGAUUCAAACAAACCAAAACCGUAUGAAGCAGUAUAAAGCCAAGACUAAUAUGUACCUCUAGAUGGCAGGCUGGAGCUUUAAAUGUAGAUGACUGUGCCAUGACAGACGAGCAUAAUCAUUCAAACAUACCAGAGUAUAUUCCUUAUGUUUACUUAUCUGCUGUAUUGCAGGCAGGGUCAUGUGAAUGACAAGGUGCCAGUGGAAGUGCUGAUUGAGAAAUAUUUGCGGAUGGACCAGCGCAGGCUUCUGAUCCCCAUAGCAACCAGUGGAAAUGUUGUUUUCCCUAAAAAGCGGAGGUGAAUGACUGAUUUCACAGAGACAUCUUGUGUAUUUUCUUCUCUCUGGUGUUACCUCCUAGGCUGAUUUAUCAUUCACUUGUCCUGCCUUUGGUUUUGGUAAGUGAUGGUUAGAAAUAUAAAGUUUUCUGUAAAUGUGUAAAUAUAAUAAGUUUAUGUAAGCCUGAGGUUCUGUAUGUCUGUAAAGAUUUUCUUCUCUCUUAUUAUCUACUUCAGUGCAGAGUUAAGCAUGUGAAUAUCUCGGUUGUGCAAACUUUGGCUUUUUGAAAUCUGUGCUCUGCUUUUAACAGUCCAGAUAACAAAAGAACAAGCAUGUAUGAACUUUCUGGUCUUAUUUUUGUUAAACUUCUAAUUUGUCAUUAUGACGCCUACGAAAGAGAUGUGGAUUUCUUCAAUUAAAACAUUGAAAUAAA